GUCAGGCGGUUCCGCGGCUCGAAAGGAAGAGCAACGCGUGUUUGUGGAUUUAUAUUUUUGCGUGAAACCGAGUUAAAAGUUACACGUCGAGAUGGAUUUGGACGCAAUGAAAUACGCAGAACUGCGAAAUGUCGCCAAGGAGCUCGGGCUGAAGGGAAACAUGAAGGCGGAUAAACUGCUGAAGCUGAUCAAGCAGCAUUAUCAGAAAGAAAAGGACGAGGAGCAGGGACAAGCUCCUCCUGCUGUGGAGGAGGAUGUGAAUGCAGGACAAGAAGCUGCUCAGGAAAGUGAAGAUGCGACUCCUCAGGAAGAAGUUUCCAGCAGCGCAGUGUUUGUGAACACACGUCGAGGCCGAGGAAACGGUACCAAGAGAAAGAUCUCUGAUACUGAGGCUGAGUGUGAUGUGUCUCCUCCGGCUGCUGCAGAGGGUGAUGUGGAAGCGGCUGCUGCACCCCGCGGUGCCAGGCGCUCAAAGAAGAGGAAAGUGUCUUCUGUCAAAGACUCUGACCAACCCGAGCCUCAGGAGGAUUCCCAGGUUCCAGAGAGCGAGCAGCAGCUGGCCAACAUGACGGAUGAAGCACCAGUGCAUGGUACAGAAAAGGCAACAAAAGCAGCCAAAGCUGGUAAAAUCCCUCGUUACCAAGGCCUGCAGCUGAAGAACAAGCAGUUGAAGCCUGUCACUCCCAACUUCAGAAAACUCCACGAGGCCCAUUUUAACAAGAUGGAGUCCAUCGACUCCUACAUGCAGCGGAAGACGAAGCAGAUGGACACCUACAGAGCCUCAGUUAAAGAACUCAAGAAUCUUUCAGACAAAACUAAACUGCAGCAAACUGAUGGAAAACCCCCAGCAAAGGCAAAUCGGAGUCGUACGUCCAUCCUCAGUCCGGCUCCCGUCAACAAGAGAACAGCUGAAGGCCGACGCACUCUGCUGUCAGCGACUAAAGCUCCUCCUCCUCAGAAGGAAGCUGCUGGGAAGGAAGCAGCUCCGUUCAGACCCUCCGUCCUUUCCACUCGCAGGAUCAACGUUCGGUUCACCGAAGCCACCAGAGACAAUGAGUUUAAGAGAUCCUUGGUGAAGACGCCCGCCCGCAUGUCGCCCUGUGUGACCUCCAGCACGCCACAAAUACAGACGACUGGUGAAGCCAAGUCUAUCAAUGUCAAGAAUACAACAGUCUCUGCUGCAAAAAAUCCAGGGGCGUUCAUUUUCACCGGCAACACCAGCGCUGCUGAAACCCCCGGGACACAGAAGAAGCAGAACUUUGACCUGAAGGCCAGUCUGUCCCGUCCUCUCUCCUACAAGCCUCAUACAGGUAAACUAAAGGCUUUUGGAGACGUCAAAGAAAACACAACGGCAGCAGCAGACAAGUCUCUGAUCUCCAACUCGCAUCAGAAGAAUUAUAAAAACCACAAAGUCCAAACAAGGGAUAACAGGAGAGAGAAACACACGGCCGACCGGAAGCAGAAGAAGGAGAGCGUGCUCGGGGCGAGAAGAGGCCUCGUCAUGAUGUAGAAAGAUAUUGCGCUUGUUUGUUGACAUUUGUACAGCCUGUUGUUCCUCUGUAAAUAUUUGGUUUUCUGCUGCUUUUUAGCCUUCUGUAGAGAAGCUCUUCCAUCUCUGUCACGUUA